AUGGCGGACGACUACGAGCUCAAGUCGACUAAGCGCGAAGACAAUGAGGCGACGUCUGCCGAGCUCAAUAUUGAGCCGAUGGAGACGACGGGAGGAGGGAAGAAGUCGAUUAUUGAUCGCGACAACCAGACUCUUACUCGACUUGGGAAAGUCCCGGUGCUUAAGCGCAACUUUGCUCUUAUGUCCAUCCUCGGAUUCAGCUGUACGGUUAUGAACACUUGGGAAGGAGAACUGGUGCUUUUCCUUCAAGCGUACGAGAAUGGCGGUUCCGCAGGGUCAAUAUACGGGUUCAUAAUCGUCUGGAUUGGCACGCUUUGCGUCUUCGCAACUAUGGGUGAAUUAGCAUCGAUGGCGCCGACGUCAGGAGGUCAAUAUCACUGGGUAUACAUGUUGGCGCCGAACAAUUGGCGCAAGUUUACGAGUUACUUCAUCGGCUGGUUGACGGUUAUCGGCUGGCAAGCUGCUGUUGCGAGUCUGGGUUAUCUUGCUGCCGGUCUCAUCCAGGGUGUCGCUGUAAUGGGAAAUCCAGACUACGUACCAUUACCUUGGCAGAAACUCCUCCUACUGUAUGCCUCUGUCGCGUUUGCGGUGUUCAUCAACACGGUUGUGAGCAGCGCCUUGCCAAAGGUAGAAGGCCUAGUCUUGAUCCUUCAUAUCCUCGGGUUCUUUGCUAUUCUCGUACCGCUGGUCUACUUGAGCCCUCAUAAGAGUGCCGAAGAAGUCUUUACGUCCUUUUCGAACGGAGGGGGGUGGCCGACGCAAGGUCUUUCGUUUAUGCUUGGCAUGAUAGCUGCUGUGUUCAACUUCCUCGGUAUGUUCUUACUACUUACUCUUCAUGCGCCACAAGGACAUUACUUGGCUAACAGGAAAAUAGGCGCGGAUGGUGCUGUGCACAUGUCUGAAGAGAUUCAGAAUGCAUCCGUUAUUGUCCCACGAGCAAUGAUUUUUACCGUCCUUUUGAAUGGUACCCUAGGGUUUGGCAGUCUGCUUGCUUUAUUGUUCUGUAUCGGCGACAUAGAUUCUGCUCUAAAAACACCUACUAAAUACCCCUUCAUGGCGAUAUUCCAAGAGGGCGUAGGGUCGCGACAGGGUGCUCAGACCAUGGCCUCGAUCCUUGUGGUCUUGAAUCUUUUCGCUAUGGUAUCCCUAAUGGCUACUGCCUCCCGAAUGACUUGGUCCUUUGCGCGAGAUAGGGGUUUGCCCGGUUGGUUUUAUAUUAGCAAGGUUGAACCUAAAACGUCUAUUCCGGUCAUUGCAAUCGUUCUCACGACGAUUAUUUCUUACCUUCUAGCCCUUAUCACUCUAGGCUCCUCGGUAGCGUUCAAUGACAUCGUUUCUUUGACUGUAAACGGCUUAGAUGGCGCAUAUCUCAUCGGAAACGGUCUUCUCCUCUGGCGCCGAUUGACUGGCGGUAUCCGUCCGUAUAACCGGGAGAACACAGCAUUGACUAAUACCAAUCACGAAAACCUAUCGUGGGGCCCUAUGAAGAUCCCGGAACCAUUCGGAACUAUCGUUAAUGUAUUUGGAUGUGCGUUCCUCGCCGUCAUGUUAUUCUUCAGCUUCUGGCCGACUCAUAUCAACCCCACUGCCGAAAGUAUGAAUAUGAGCGCUCUGAUGGUUGGAGCGACGCUGAUCUUCUCUGUGAUAUACUACGCCGUCUGGGCGCGAAAAGUGUAUUCUGGGCCGGUUAUUGAGAUUAAUAAUACAGAGAAGCCAAAUCCAGAGAAUGUCCCAGGAGCUCCAACCUGCGUUCAAUGUGCUGCGUUUCUGAAGCAGUUAUCACUGGGAGAUUUACAUGCAUUUGAACUUUACCCGGACCGGGACUCCCUUAGACAGUCUGCAGUGAAUGGGUGCUGUCUAUGUAUGUUGUUUGAGGAUGCAUUGGUGAACAAAGUCGGUAGAUGGGCGGGCCGCAGUUCGGUGAAGUCGACAAAGUUCGGAAUAACACCUAAAAUCAUACUACUACCAGGUGAAUUGUUAUCGUGUCUCACGAUUAUCAUACUCCACGAGAACCAGUCCGAGACUUUGGUAAUCGACUGCAUGUCUGGCUCUGAUAUCAUCUAUUUCAAUGUGUUGGGAAACCAUAUGGUUGUCCUUAACACCCAGAAGGCUGCGAAUGAGCUUCUGGAUAAGCGCGGGGCUAAUUAUCAAGACAGACCUAGAUUUGUCCUGUUCGAUGUUAUGGGAUGGGGUUUGACCUUAACUUUUCUUCCGUACGGACCGAGAUUUCGCUUGCAUCGUUCAGUCUUACAAACAGGAUUCACCAAGACGUCAAUCACGAAUUACAGGCCAAUUCAGGAAGAUGAAGCGAGGCAAGCAGUUUCAAGAAUUCUUAAACGUCCAGAAACUUGGGACUUUUCACUUCGGCGCUUUGCUUCUGCGAUAGUUCUUCGUAUUGGAUUUGGUGUUAUUGUUAGAUCAGAUGACGACCCUUAUAUCAAAAUUGCGAUAGAUGCUAAUAUGGCGACCGGAGGAGGAGGAAACCCGGGGACUGCCUUAGUUGACUAUCUACCAUCAUUUCGAUACAUCCCACAAUUUCUUAAUUUCUCAAGAAGCUUACAACACGCACGAAAGUGGGGAUGGGCUAUUAAAAACUUGCAUGAUAUUCCAUUUUCAGCCAUAAAAAAGGAGUUUGUAGGUCUUCGUGCCGUAUUGCCUCACAUGUCACCGCUAACACAGCAUAAAGAAAAUAAGGAGGAAGGUGUUACUAAUGAGCUUACACUUCGAGACAUCCAGGGUGCAUCUGGCGCCGUUUUUAUCGCGGGUUCUAACACGACUUUCGCUACGACGACUAUUGCUAUCCUUAACAUGAUGCUGAAUCCUGAAGUUUUUCAAAAAGCGAAAGCCGAAAUUGAUAGGGUAGUUGGAACAGAAAGAUUACCUACGUUCCAAGACAGGCCGAAUUUACGUUACAUUGACUAUUUGGUCGAGGAGGUCUCAAGAUGGAGGCCCCUAUCACCCAUUGGAAUACCUCACAGAUCCCUAGAGGACGACGUUUACAACGGAAUGUUUAUCCCUAAAGGGACUGUAGUUUAUUACAACACAUUCGCUAUGUCUAGAGACUCUAACGUGUAUAAGGACCCCGAGAAGUUUAACCCAGAUAGAUAUAUCCCAAAGGAGGAAGGCGGGGAUGGCGAGCCUCUACUAGUUGGCCCAUUUGGCUUUGGUCGUAGGGUAUGCGUCGGGCGCCAUUUAGCACAAGCAUCCGUGUGGAUAAUUAUGGCGACUCUCAUAGCCACAACUGACAUAUCGAAACCCGUCGGGCCAGAUGGUAAGCCUAUUGAACAAACUAUCCAAUUUAGCACUGGACUAUCGAGCCAUCCUGGCAAGCUCGAGGUAGUUUUUAGACCCAGAUCUGAGAAGGCCCAAAGACUUCUUGCUGAGGCGGUUAAGGAUGCCCAGUAA